GUUAACUCCAACGCUUAGAACGACAGUAUAUAACAACUGAAACAUACAGCUCACUUGUGUUGUGAUCGACUGACACGAUAUCAACACAAGCACUAAACAUGUCUGCUGGGCUAUUGGCUACAGUGUUGGCUGUCAAAUUCUUUCUCUGUUCUGUCGCAGGAUAUGGACCUAUUGGGAAUAUUUCUUGUUUUAACACGAUCAAUUGUGACAAGAGCUCUAUGUACAGCGAUUUGUUUGCAAGGGUCGUUUUGAGUUCUCCUAUUGGUAGAGAUGUUCUGUGUGACACUAAAACAGAUGGUGGCGGGUGGAUCAUGAUUGUGCGUCGGUCUAUAGGGGACGUAGUCUUUUCCAGAGGUUGGGCCGAGUACAAGUACGGAUUUGGUACGUACUAUGGUGACUACUGGAUGGGGCUGCAACAAGUUCAUCAAUUGACCAUGAACGGAAAAUGGGAAUUAAGAGUGGACAUGAAGUUUGAAGGCAGAGAUUACUACGCCAACUACAAAUCUUUUAAGAUCGACUGCGAGGACAAUUUCUACACGCUUCAUGUUGGAGAAUUCUCAGGAAACGUUAGGGAUGAACUCAGUUAUCACAACGGCAUGCAGUUCUACACAUCAGACAGGCCUACAACCACAUAUUGUACUAAAGAUUACUCUGGGGGGUGGUGGUACAACCUUUGUCAUCAUGCCUAUCUGACCGGUGAAUGGGGGUCUAAAAAAUGGGGAAAUGGUAUCCAUUGGGACCAAUUGUCCUCAGGCAAGAAAAAUCUAGAUUCGGCGGAGAUGAAAAUCCGAAAAAUAGAAUAAGUUGUUCAUGUCCUCAGUAUGUCUUCAGGCUUUUGGCACACUUAUUUUAGUGCUUUGACAAGUUAUUACAAUUUACAAAAAGGUUUAUAAAUAAAAAAAAACAAUUAGUCCAUUUAAUAAAAACCAUCAGACUUCACGAGUGGGGUAAGGACUUCCACUUUACACGCCACUCCUGACCAAUAAAUUUUUAUCUAAGGAUUACAUGUGUCCUUUCAUUGAACUCCGCCCUAAAAAAUAUUUUAAUUUUUGCUGUCGCUUUGCCUCUUAAAAAUCUUUUCGAAUAAACGUCUCUUUGAU